UGUCUUAAAGGACCAUGAGUGUAAGUUUGAGGCAUAUUCUCACAGUCUGAUGCUUUGCGUCUGUUAUUUAAGAGCUCCGCCGUCGUGAUGAACAUACAGAUGAUCAAUACCGUGAGAAAAUGGAUCGCAUCGUGCAGCUUGAACCUUUAGUAUCAUACGCCGAGGUGAAAUUAGGGUGUAAUUCGUCCAAAAUGUGACAUGGCACAAACUCAGCGGGCUCACGGUUGGACAGACGAGGUGUCAUCGAUCUGAUCUGAUAUCAUCACUGAUAAAUAACGCGGCGAGAUGGAUCUCCUCUCUGUUUCUCCUUGACGCGCGCUGGAGGGAGGCAGGCGGAACUGAGCAGCGCGACCACCGGCCAAUGUACCGGGGGAACAGCGGCCCGGGAGCGGCGGCGGUCUUGAGAUCCGUUCCUCCGGGUUUUACGCAGCGAGGCGCGGGGAACGAUGGGCUGCGCUCCCAGCAUCCACGUCUCGCAGAGCGGGGUGAUCUACUGCCGCGACUCAGAUGAGUCCAACUCGCCGCACCAGACCACCACCAUCUCGCAGGGCACGGCGACCACGCUGCACGGCCUCUUCAUCAAGACCGACGCGGCGGACACCAUCCCCUCCGUGAUCGCCUACCAGAGCAGGCACACACGGACCAACUCCCUCCGGGAGCGGAGAGAGAACAGCUGCGGACACAUGUGCACGGAGGCCGAGACUCAGACCAGCAGCACCAGCGUCAAGGUGUCUGCAGCAGAAGAGCGUUUGGGGCCAAUGCGACUGACCCAGGAGCCCAUUCAGGUGUUACUGGUCUUCGCUAAAGCGGACAGUCAGAGCGAUGCGUUCUGGUGGGCGUGUGAGCGGGCGGGAUUCAGGUGUAACAUCGCACGAACACCUGAGUCUGCGGUGGAGUGUUUCUUAGAUAAACACCACGAGAUCGUCAUCAUUGAUGGCCGGCACUCACAGUACUUUGAGGCUGAUGCCGUCUGCCGGAUGAUUCGAGCGACCAAGCCUUCUGAACACACUGUUGUUUUAGCAGUGAUGCCACAAACUCCCUCAGAUCAGGAGGAACCAUCUGUCCUUCCUCUUCUCUCUGCUGGUUUGUCCAGAAGGUACCUGGAGAACAGCAGUGUGUCAACCUGCUAUAAUGAGUUAAUCCAGAUAGAACACGGAGAGGUUCGUGCUCAGUUCAAACUGAGGGCUUGUAACUCUGUGUUUACCGCAUUAGAACAGUGUCAGGAAGCCGUGGAGAUCAGCAGUGAAGAUCAUGUCAUACAAUAUGUAAAUCCAGCAUUUGAAAAGAUGAUGGGCUAUCAUAGAGGCGAACUGAUCGGUAAAGAGUUGACCGAACUGCCCAAGAGUGACAAGAACAGCGCCGACGUGCUGGACACCAUCAACACCUGCAUCAAGAAAGGAAAGGAUUGGCAGGGGAUCUAUUUCUCACGGAGGAAGUCAGGGGACAGUAUUCAGCAAUAUGUCAGAAUCACUCCUGUGAUUGGCCAGGGAGGAAAAAUCCGCCAUUUUGUGUCCAUCAAGAGGCCUUACAGUGACAACCACAGACAGGUUCAUAAGUUAAGCAAAGAAGAGAAAUGCUGUGGUGAACACUCACAAUCAGAAUGCAAUUCCUUGCGUCACAAGGACCGGAGGAAAGAGUCUGUGGACACCAGAUCCAUCAGCUCUCACAGCAGUGAUGCUCCCAGUCUACAGAACCGCAGAUAUUCCUCUAUGGCCAGAAUCCACUCCAUGACUAUUGAAGCUCCAAUCACUAAGGUGAUAAAUAUCAUUAACGCAGCGCAGGAGAGCAGUCCUGUGACAGUAGCGGAAGCUCUGGAUCGCGUUCUGGAGAUUCUGAGGACCACCGAACUCUACUCACCCCAACUGGCCUCAAAAGAGGACGAUCCCCACACCAAUGACCUGGUGGGGGGGCUCAUGAGUGACGGACUCAGAAGGCUCUCUGGGAAUGAGUAUGUCUUCUCCAAAAGUGCAUUACACAAUAUGAGUCAGAGUCAGCUGGCAGUGCCUGUCCCGGUAAACGACAUCCCGUCCUCCAUCGCAGAGCUGCUCAACGAGGAGGAAUGCUGGGAAUUCAAUAUCCUGGAGCUGGAAGCAGCUACUCACAAGAGGCCGCUCUCAUACCUGGGGCUGAAGAUCUUCUCUGCUUUUGGCGUGUGUGAGUUCCUGAACUGCACAGAGGCCACGUUGCGCUCGUGGCUGCAGGUGAUCGAGGCUAAUUACCACGCAUCCAACUCCUACCACAACUCAACACACGCCGCAGACGUCCUGCACGCCACAGCCUACUUCCUGCGCAAGGACCGAGUCAAGGGCAGUCUUGACCAGUUGGAUGAAGUAGCGGCACUGUUGGCAGCAACGGUCCAUGACGUUGAUCACCCGGGCCACACCAACUCAUUCCUGUGCAAUGCAGGCAGCGAUCUGGCCAUUCUGUACAACGACACGGCCGUCCUGGAGAGUCACCACGCCGCUCUAGCGUUCCAGCUUACUGUACGAGACAGCAAGUGCAACAUCUUCAAAAACAUGGAAAGGACUCAGUUUCGAACCCUACGGCAGGCCAUAAUAGACAUGGUGCUGGCGACAGAAAUGACGCGACACUUUGAACACGUCAACAAGUUCGUAAACAGCAUCAACAAACCCAUGAGUGCCAUUGAGGAGACGAGCUCAAAUAGUGAAGGCAGUGAUUGUGAGGGUCAGGCCAGUAUUCGCAACUCUCCUGAGAAUCGUCUGUUAAUUAAACGGAUGCUGAUUAAAUGUGCCGAUGUGGCCAAUCCCUGCAGACCUCUGGAGCUCUGCAUCGAAUGGGCUGGUCGCAUUUCAGAGGAGUACUUUGCUCAGACUGACGAGGAGAAAAGACAAGGUUUGCCGGUUGUCAUGCCAGUGUUUGACCGGAAUACCUGCAGCAUUCCUAAAUCCCAGAUCUCAUUUAUCGACUAUUUCAUCACGGACAUGUUUGAUGCCUGGGAUGCCUUUGCCAGUUUGCCAGGUCUUAUGGAGAAUUUGGCGGAGAACUACAAAUACUGGAAGAGCUUGGAUGAGAUGAAAUGUAAAAGCUUACGGCCUCCACCUCCUCCGUGACCCUCAUGACUCUUACCGUCGAGGUCAAAGGUCAGAGGUUACGCCGUGAAUGUAGCAUCUCUACCCAGCCUCCAAGUUUCCAUCCACUGAACAUAGAUCAGCAGCCCUGUUUCCCUGACGACGCUCCACCCCUAGCGACAAUCACCCGGUAACAAGGGUAAAACAGACAAAUGACAAAACGAAUGCACUUUAUCAGCAUACAGUCCUCUUCCAGCAUCUUUUCACUUUCUUUUCUUCUCUUCUCUUUUAAAAUCCAUCUGUUCUCCCAGCUGUUUUUAAUGAUUUCUGGGCAGUGAUUUUUUUGUAAUGUCUGACACAAGAAGACAAAGACUGAUCUUAGUCCAGUAGAGGACUGUAUAUACUAUAUGCGCUCAAAUAUGGAACUGAAACGUGAAUGAUCAGAGAGGUCUGUGUCUGUACCAUGUGCACACGUAACAUUAACAGACAUGUGGAAUCACAGAUCCAAAUGCCAAAAGGGCUUUAUUUGGAAGCAGAGUGUCAGUGAGACUGAGCUACUUAGGAAACCAAAAAGGACCCAGUAGCGAGCCCUGAGGCACGCCACAUUUUCCCCACUAUUGAUUUGUUAAAAUACAACACGGAUAUUUUGACACAAUAUUGUUGACAGAAGCAAAUGUUGCCAAAAUGGAAGAAAUUAAGACACGUUUGUAUUCGGAUGAUGAAACUGUAUUGACCAGCACUGAACACGAUUCAGUGUGCAAGAAUGUAAAAACUGCGACGGACCAGCCCAUUGUGGGCCGUCAUUAUUCUGGCACUUUCUGUAUCAGAACGACUCAAGCCUUUCUCAGACUCCAAGGACUGGUGUGUAAUAAUCAAUAAUUUUGAUAUAAAUAGCCAAUAAUAACAAAGAAUAUAUUUCUCAGAAACACUGUAUAUCCAGACACAUACUGUAAUAACGUGAAGCUUGAUGAUGCGUGUGUGAGCAAAAGUGUGUUUGUUACGAUGUGCAUAGUGAUGAUAGUUAUGAUUUUUACAUUUUACACAUGACAGUUAACAUUCCUACUUCACGCAACAGUCCGUACGGAUGCAAAAUUCCCUAAUCUUCAGAGUUAUACUGUGUGUAAACCUAAUGUCCAGCACAGUCUCAUUAUGAGACCACCAACACGGUGACGUUUGCUCAUGCUGAUAGGUGGGAUCGCACAUAUUUUAAGUGUUACACCAUUUUUAAGUAUUAUUUAUUUACAAAAGCUGUAUAUCACUGUUAGAAUCUUUUAUCAUAGACACGCAUCGCAGACGAGCUUCAAACGCUCACCUUUUGUAGGCCAAAAACCAGCGCCGAAGGUGCGUUUAUAAUCAACCACGAUGAUGAGUUUUAAACAGAUGUUUGGCUAAAGCCGUUUCGACUGGAAAAAGAACUAGUUUAGAUAUCUUGUGUCACACGAGACAUUU